AUGGCAUGUGGAAAUGGUCUCAACCGGGAUCUAAGUGAGGAUAUAUUACGAAAGCAAGCACAGACUGAAAAAGUGGGCAACUUUGAGAAAUAUGCCAAAGCUGCAAACAGAUUACCUUUCUGUGCAGAACAGAUGAGGCUUCAAAUGAAAAUCACAGAAAUGAGAGAAGCAAGGGGCAGAGAUACUAGGGAGAGAGCCCAGCUCCUGACGAGGCAGAUGCGUCAGGUGCGGCUGUGGAAGCACACCGGAGCAGCGUGGAGGGACUGGGAGAGAGCACCUUACAGAACACUGGUGCCAUCUGACGAAGUAGCUAUUAGUUACAGGCAUGGUCUUCCUGUAAUGACUCUUAUGCUGCCCACAAGAAGUGAACGCUGCCAGUUCACUAUUAAGCCAAUAUUCCUGCAGGAUGUGCAGAGAGAAGAUAAAGGAGUUGAAAGGGCGGAAAUCUUUGCAACAGAUGGUUGCAAGGUCUGUGGUGCAACCUCGAUGGAGAUCUUAUUGAGGAAUGACUUCACACUUGUUAUCAACAACACAGCAUAUUGUGUGUCACCUCCUGUGAAAGAUAAGCUGAGUAGUGAGCAUGCUACUGAAAUGGAAGAUAUCAAAUCCUUGGUUCACAGACUGUAUGUGGCUCUACAUUUAGAAGAUCACCACGUCAGGAAAGAGAGAGAAUUGCUACGGAAACUGGACCAUCUGAAAGAAGAGCUGUUGCCUCUUGAACAGAUGAAAGCCAAUAUUGCAAUCAAUGCAAAUGCAAAGACCACCAGGCUUCUAUGGAUUGGCCUAGCUUUGAUGUCAACUCAGGGGGGAGCAUUGGCAUGGCUUACAUGGUGGGUCUAUUCAUGGGACAUCAUGGAGCCAGUCACAUACUUCAUCACUUAUGGGAGUGCCAUGGCUUUCUAUGCCUACUUUAUUCUUACUAAACAGGACUACAUUUACUCUGAUGCAAGAGACAGGCAGUUCCUCCACUACUUCUACCGGAAAUGCAAAAAGCAGCAUUUUAAUGUGGACCGAUACAACAAGCUCAAAGAAGACAUAGCAGAGGCAGAAGAAUCGCUGAGGCGCCUGCGCCAAACUCUGCAACUGAAGCUCCCGUUCCAGGAAAUCAAGGACAAGGACUGACUUCGGUUUUGUAUAUAUUAGAAUUGCUCUUUCAAAGCUGAUACGAACACUUAGUUGUUCUACAGAAACUGGAUAUUUUUGACCACUAUAGUUUUAAAAGUUGCAAUAAAUACGUAUAAAA